AUGACCCACCCAGGACCCACCCAGGACCCACCCAUGACCCACCCAGGACCCACCCAGGACCAUCUUACAUACCCACCCAGGACCCACCCAGAACCCACCCAGGACCCAACCAUGACCCACCCAGGACAGUCUUACAUACCCACCCAGGACCCACCCAGAACCCACCCAGGACCCUCUCACAUACCCACCCAGGACCCUACCAUGACCCACCCAGGACCCACCCAGGACCCACCCAUGACCCACCCAGGACCCACCCAGGACCCUCUCACAUACCCACCCAGGACCCAACCAGGACCCACCCAGGACCCAACCAUGACCCACCCAGGACCCACCCAGGACCCACCCAUGACCCACCCAGGACCAUCUCACAUACCCACCCAGGACCCACCCAGGACCCACCCAGGACCCUCUCACAUACCCACCCAGGACCCACCCAGGACCGUCUUACAUACCCACCCAGGACCCACCCAGGACCCACCCAGGACCAUCUCACAUACCCACCCAGGACCCACCCAGAACCCACCCAGGACCCUCUCACAUACCCACCCAGGACCCAACCAUGACCAUCUCACAUACCCACCCAGGACCCACCCAGGACCAUCUUACAUACCCACCCAGGACCCACCCAGAACCCACCCAGGAACCUCUCACAUACCCACCCAGGACCCAACCAUGACCCACCCAGGACCCACCCAUGACCCACCCAGGACCCUCUCACAUUCCCACCCAGGACCCACCCAGAAUCCACCCAGGACCCACCCAGGACCCUCUCACUACCCACCCAGGACCCACCCAGGACCCACCCAGGACCCUCUCACAUACCCACCCAGGACCCUCCCAGUACCGUCUUACAUACCCACCCAGGACCCACCCAGGACCCACCCAGGACCGUCUUACAUACCCACCCAGGACCCACCCAGGACCCACCCAGAACCCACCCAGGACCCACCCAGGACCCUCUCACAUACCCACCCAGGACCCACCCAGGACCGUCUUAGAUACCCACACAGAACCCACCCAGGACCCACUCAGAACCCACCCAGAACCCAUGAUGACACUGGGCGUGAUCUUUCAGUCCAUAACGUGUUGCGUGGAACAGCUUUAGCCAUUUUAAACACCACCGUCCGUGUGAAGUUCAAAUGA